AUGGACGGUGACGGCUUCUCCGUCAUUUCACUGACGUCUCUGGGAUCGACCAUCUCCCACAGGAUCUUGUCUAGUGCUGAAGAGCUCAACGAACUCAACGGCUCGCUCGAGGUUGAGAACUCGCAACUGGCACACCUUGCCGCGAGACUGUACCAGCUUCAUCAGCAUGUCGGACAGCUAGAGACAGCCCUCAACGCGGCUGGCGUCAUCUCGGUUCGGUUACAGACGCAUCUGAGCCAGAGUCUUGGAUCGUGCGAUGUCAUCACCGCUGUGCUGAACAAGCAGGCCAUGCGGCUGCAGGUUGACACGCUGCCUAUGGUUGAUGAGGUGUUUCUGGUAGUGUACAAUGAUGCUGUGGUUGCCUUUUCACGACUGUUUGCUUUCUUUGCCAAGGUGCUUUCGCUGCAAAGCCGGAGUGAACAGGAUGCCGCGCUUGACAGCUCAAGCGGCAAAGAGGUGUUUCACCAUGUUAACCUAGCUUGUCAUCAAGCUUCUCAGACCAAGGAUGUGUUGCUCACUUCGGGGGCUCCAUCUGAUACUAUCGCGUCGAGUAGUAAAGGGCCACUCCCCGGUGGCGACGUUGAGCCUCCGCCCUACGAGCCGAGUUCAUCACAGUCGCCCACUGCCGAGGCAUCGAGCUCGUCUUCUGGAUUUUCCAAGGGGUUGUCUUCGCUGACAAACUCGUUCAAAGCCAUGACUGCUGGUCUUUGGCCGAAACCUGAUCCUUUAGCGACGGCUUUUUGUCAGGCAGCUCUCCGCGGCGAUGUGCAGCAGAUGAGCGGUUUCCUCGCGCAGGGUGGAAACAUCAACGGUCGCAACGGAGAGGGAAACACGCCUCUUGGCUGUGCAGUACUCGCUAACAAGGAGGAGGCUGUCAAGUUUCUUAUCGGGGCUGGUGCCGACGUCAACUCCAAGGACCUGAAGCUACCACCUCUAUUCCUAGCCGCCUCGGUCGGCAGCAUCAACGUUGCGAGAUUCCUAGUCAACCAAGGUGCCGACGUCGACCAGAAGAGUUGGUCAGGACAGUCAUACUUUGUGGAUGUUUGCAACAGCGAAAACUUGGAGGGUAUUAAGCUACUGCUGGAGAGUGGCGCCAAGGCGAGCACGACAACCUUGUCGGGACGACCCAUGAUUGCACAGGCCGUCAAGAAGGGCAACAUUGAACUUGUUCGUCUUCUACUGAAGCACGGGGCGAGUGCAAACUCGGGAGACAUCACGGGCAACUCCUUGAUAGCUAUUGCGGCGAGCCAGGAUCGCAUGGAUAUGGUGCACCUCCUCCUCGAGAACGGCAGCAACGCGAGCGCCAAGACUCUCACCGGACUAUCCGUGAUGGGAGAGUGCAUCAUCAAGAGGAAGCUGGACAUGGCCCAGAUGCUCCUCGAGAACGGAGCCAACGCUAACGUCAAGGAUCUGGUCGGUCAGCCGAUCCUCAUCAUCGCCAUCCGCGACAACAAGCUCUCCGAGGCCGAGAGGAUUAGAGUAGUGCGCAUGCUGCUCGACCAUGGCGGGUCUCCCAAUGUUUCGAACGCAACGACGAGCGUGGCGGCUAUCUGCUACGCUAUGGAGAUGGGUAGCACUGAGAUGGUCAAGAUGAUGCUUGCGGCUGGUGCCCAGACGAAGAAGAAGAUGAGUAGUGGAGAGACACUUCUGCUAUAUGCCAUCGACCACGGCAGAAAGGACCAGGCUAGACUGUUGCUGGAGAACGGUGCUGAUCCGAACGCGACUGAUAAGAAGGGGAGGACGCCAUUGAUGCAGGCCAUCUCGAGGAGGGAUGUAGACUUGAUCAAGUUGCUCAAGGCACAUGGUGCGGAUGUCAAUGUUGGAGGAACCAUCUCACCGGCCGAGCUCGCUCAGACGAUGGGGAGCCCAGAAAUACUUCAAAUCUUGGGAUUCAGCUCUCCUGCGAACAGGACACCUACAUGGGCUGGUCAGACAUCACAACAAGGGGAGCAGGGGCAAGGUUCAGUACCUCGACCUCAAUCACCACCACCGGGAUACGAUGCGGCCAUGGGUAAGGGCUAA